UUUUUUUUUUCUUUUUCUUUUCUCUCUUCCUUUCCUUUUCUCACCGUUUCUUGACUUCUUGUGUUCUCCAGAGGAGAAAAAUCCAAACCGACGAAGGACGAGGACUGAUGGCGUCUCCUCCGACUUGUCUACGUCGUCAGAAGAAGGAUCGAAAUCCACCACCAAUCGACGAAUCUCUCGGAACUGAUGGCGUCUCCUCCGACUUGUCUCGUCUUCCAUCUCAAAAGAAUGAUCAAAACCCAUCACAAUCGACGACUCUCUCGGUCAUCACGGCGUCUUGUCCGUUGGUUCUCGUCUUCUCCGACGUACGACGACUCUAUCAGUCCUCAUGGCGUCUCCUCCUCCGGCGGGCGAUGUCUUCAGUUUGGAGAUCAGCUUCUGGACCUAUCAAAGCAUAUGCUUCACCGACAGCUGAAACAGCUCGACUCCAAUGGUGCAUGAUUCCACCGCUAUUGUGAAUAGUAAUAAUGGUUGAGAAGAGAGCUCUCUUUCUUCAAGCGCUGACAUGGAGAAAAACAUAAAUGAUCUGAAAGGGAAAGAUCUGCUUAAACGGCUUCACGAAGUUGGCACGCUUGCGCAGAUUUCAAGUAUCCAAGGAGAUCAAGUUAUCCUCGUUGGUCAUAGACGGCUUCGCAUAACGGAGAAGGUGAGUGAAGAGCCACUUACAGUCAAAGUCGAUCAUCUUAAGGAUAAGCCGUUUGACAUGGACGAUGAUGUCAUCAAGGCAACAUCCUUUGAAGUUAUUUCAACGCUUAGGGAUGUACUGAAGACAAGCUCACUGUGGAGAGACCACGUCCAAACAUAUACCUAGCAUACAGGUGAAUUCACUUGUCCAUGAUUAGCGGAUUUUGGAGCGGCUAUAUGUGGUGCAAAUAGGCAUCAAGCUCAAGAAGUUCUUGAAGAACUUGAUGUUCAUAAACGUCUGCGGUUGACGCUGGAAUUGAUGAAAAAAGAAAGGGAAAUUAGCAAGAUUCAGGAAACUAUAGCAAAAGCAAUUGAAGAAAAAAUUAGCGGUGAGCAAUGCCGUUACUUGCUAAAUGAGCAGCUCAAGGCUAUUAAGAAGGAGCUUGGUGUGGAGACAGAUGACAAAUCUGCACUGUCUGGUGAGUACUAACUUAAAGUAUCUUCAUCUUCAAGUAGUCAUUGUAUAUCCACAUAAGAGAUUCACCAUGCAUUCAUGAGACGUCAGUGUUUUUAGUAACUGCAACUUAUAGUAAUGAGACCACUCAUUAUCAUCAGAGUCACGUAGCAUGUUCUGUUUCAAACGGAAACAAUACGUGACAGUGAUAGCAAUGAGUGUUCCCGCUAUCAUAUUGAGGUUUUCUUCUAAGAAUGGCAUUGACAUUGGCAUUGAGACGAUUAAGUAAAGUUUUCUUGUUUUCUUCUUGAGUAACUGAUCUUCCUCAAUUCUUCUAAAAAAAUUAAUUUUUUUUUUAAGAACUCUUAAUUAAGAAAUUCCCAUUGGACCACUCAAAAUGAGAGUUUCUUAACUAGAGUUCUUAAGUCUACUUAAGUACAUUUAUAUAAUUAAAUAAUCAUUAAGAAAUCCAAGUGGGUUUCAUGGGAUAAUCAUGCUCUAAUCACAAAACUGAAAAUAAAGAUAAAGAAAAUAAAAUAAUGAAAGUUUAAAUUAAAACCACUCAAAAGAGAAGAAAAGAGCUUGGCUAUCUAUCUUCCAACAAAACUUCCGUGCUUCACUGCUCUUCUCAACCAGACAUUCUCUAAGCUCAGAAUCUUCGCCGUGAAAACGUAAAGAAGAAACACAAAGACCCAGCUCUCAGAAAACCAGCAGCCAUGUCUUUUCUUCUCUCUAAUCUAUCACCUUCGAUACUUCUUCAAACCGGAAAAUCCCCAAACCUUAGACCCAUCUUCACUCCAUCUCAAUCGCCAUCGUCUUCAACAGGCUACGUGUUUGAUGAAGAUAGUCUCUCUACACUCUCCCUUUCUUCCGUCCAGUCUCCUCCUCUUCAAGAUGCCCAGGUUAAGACAAAACCCACUCCUCAAGACAAGCAUAACCACGACAGAGAUGAGUUCUACAUCAAUCUCGGUCUCGCUGUCCGUACGCUUCGUGAAGAUUUGCCUUUGAUCUUCGCUAAAGAUCUAAACUACGACAUUUACAGGGAUGAUGUAACGUUUGUGGAUCCAAUGAACACAUUCCGUGGGAUUGAGAACUACAAGUUGAUCUUCUGGGCACUCAGGUUUCACGGGAAGAUAUUGUUCAGAGACAUCUCACUUGAGAUUUUCAGGGUAUGGCAACCAUCAGAGAACAUGAUUCUCAUCAGGUGGACUCUCAAGGGAGUGCCUAGAGUUCCAUGGGAAGCUAAAGGAGAGUUUCAAGGCACUUCUCGGUAUAAACUCGACCGUAAUGGCAAAAUCUAUGAGCAUAAAGUCGAUAACUUGGCUUUCAACUUCCCUCAUCAGCUCAAACCCGCAGCUUCGGUUUUGGAUUUGGUCACUGCUUCCCCUGCAAGUAGUCCCCAUCCAACCUUCUUUUCCGGUCCUGUCGACUCGUGUUCAUCUUCAUGGAUCGAGUUCUACCAAGCGGUGAGCCAGACAGUGGACAAGACAGAUGAUAUGCUUGUGACAGACAGACUAAUCACAUGCUCGUAGUGGAAGUACAGUUGUUAUACACAUACUCAGAGACACAUCCUUCUCGGGUGUAUAUAGGUUUUACAUUUGAAGGUUGUAUAAUAUAAUAUAUUGCGAGUAGAUCUGGUUGACUUUAAGCUUUUGAGGAAACAUAAAAGUGUAAUGUCAUUGCAGAAGCUUUAUACAACUUUGUCACUACAUUGGAGUUUUGUCUUUGUGAUCA